ACAUGAAGGGAGGGAGAAGAAAGAGUGGGGAAGAGCGAGUGGAGGAGAGAGAAAGAGAAAAAGAAGGGAGGGGGGAGAGAGACAGAAGGAAGGGCAAGGGACGGGCCUGAGCCUGUUAGUAGCCUGAGGGGAAUGAGCGGCCAUGGCAGCACUAGCAGCAAGGAAGGGCUCAGUCAACCACUGCUGCUGUUUGGGGCUACUGAGGCCAUUGUCAGAGGGAGGCAGGCAGGCAAGGGAUGGGCCCGGGCCUGUUUGCAGCCUGAGGGGAACGAGCGACCAUGGUGGUGGCACCAGUGAGGAACGGCCUGGUCAACCACUGCUGCUGCUCCUGGAGGGAGGAGCAGGAGCGUGGUUCAGAUGAGGGUGGGGAGGUCUCUGGGGAUAGGGGGCUGCAGCUUGGCCAAUAGGCAGCAGCAAUGCUGCAGCCACGACCAAGAAGGGUGAGGGGGAUGGAAGCAACAGGAUGGAGGAGGAGCAGGAGUGCAGACCAGGUGAGGGUGGGGAGAUCUCUGAGGUGAGGGGAGCAAUCAAGUACUAACGCACCGAUGCUCUGGAGCGUGCAAGAGUUCUAGUACUGAAGCGGAGAGAAAUAAUGGCGGCGGUCAGGAUGCAGAGGUGGAGGGCUGGCAGGCAAAGCCCCUCCGGCCAGAAGAGGUGGAUCCUGUACAUGAUGUACAACCACUUCGUUCUGAAAAAUGAGAAAGACUAUGCAAUCCGUCCCAACUUGGUCCAGUACUUCAUCCCUUUCACUGACGCUGAAUUUCAAGAGCGUUUGGAGCGGCACAAGGGAGAAAUUGCCAUCAUGUUGAGAUCUUCAGAGUUCAAUCAGGACAAGACCACGCUGAUUGUGACUAACAACCCUCUUCCUCUGCUCAUUUCCGGUCAGCAGCUUGCAACGCCUCUCCAGUUCUUCCCCAAGGACUUGUUAGGAAAGGGUGCAAGUACUCCAAGGCCUUACUGCUUACCCCCACUGAAAACAAGCCAGAAACAAUUGUUCGGUCUUGUCAGGAAGCCGGGUCAAGCAACACCAUUCAGGUUUGCCACUAACAAGGAUUUCAAGGGCGAAGCGCAGUUUUCGAAAGGUUACGCUGAAAGGCGGCUGCAGAGGAUGUAUCCACACUUGCGUUCUCACAUUGGCACAGUCACAACGAUACCAGAACCUCUGCCCAGCAUUGAAGGCUGGUCUCCAAAGAGAUCCCGCUGGGAGCCUCUCACACUUUCCUGCCUGACUGAAACAAGGCCCACUCUGAUUGCACCAGGAGACGAUGGCUUCAGGUAUGGCAAGGCCCAGCUCUGGCAUGUAAACAACUCCGUCGUACCAAGAUAUACCAAAUAAAGCCUUCUGUCCACCCUCCA